UCCAGUUUGGGCUGGUUUGGGAGUAUUAUUAGGGUUUGUGGCUCUCAAAAAGGUCUUCAGUGCAAGCCUUCUCCUGUGGCUGCUUGGGCUGCCGGAAGGGUUGGCUUCGAAACAGGGUGCUAAUUUUCUGUGUGUUCAAUUUUGCUUUGGGGGAAGACGGUUUACGAAGUGCAGUCGGAGGGUUGGGAGAGGGACCAGGAUCUGAGAUCAAGAUGUCGGAUCGAUUGACUAGGAUUGCUAUUGUGAGCUCGGAUAGAUGCAAGCCAAAGAAAUGUCGGCAGGAGUGUAAGAAGAGUUGUCCUGUGGUGAAGACAGGUAAACUUUGCAUUGAGGUUACCUCGCAAGCCAAACUUGCGUUCAUUUCUGAGGAGCUCUGUAUCGGUUGUGGUAUCUGUGUAAAGAAAUGUCCUUUUGAAGCCAUCCAAAUCAUCAAUCUGCCGAAGGACCUUGACAAGGAUACCACUCAUCGUUAUGGUCCCAAUACCUUCAAGCUGCACAGGUUGCCUGUUCCAAGACCUGGACAAGUUCUGGGACUUGUUGGAACGAAUGGUAUUGGGAAGUCAACUGCCCUAAAGGUGUUGGCUGGAAAACUUAAGCCAAACCUUGGAAGGUUCCUUAGUCCACCUGAUUGGCAAGAAAUUUUGACGUAUUUUCGGGGUUCAGAACUCCAAAAUUAUUUUACUCGAAUUUUGGAGGACAACUUGAAGGCAAUUAUCAAGCCGCAAUAUGUCGACCACAUCCCCAAGGCUGUCAAGGGUAAUGUGGGUGAAGUUCUUGCUCAGAAAGAUGAGAGAGAGAUGAGAUUUGAACUGGCGAAGGACCUCGACCUGAACCAGGUUCUUGACCGUGAUGUUGGUGACCUUUCUGGAGGAGAGUUGCAGCGCUUUGCUAUUGCUGUUGUGGCGACGCAGCAUGCCGAAAUAUAUAUGUUUGAUGAGCCUUCAAGUUAUCUCGACGUAAAACAAAGGUUGAAAGCUGCCCAAGUUGUUCGAUCUCUUCUUCGUCCCAACAGUUACGUCAUCGUAGUGGAGCACGACUUGAGCGUGUUGGAUUAUCUGUCUGAUUUUAUCUGCUGCCUUUACGGGAAGCCUGGAGCGUAUGGGGUAGUGACUUUGCCUUUCUCUGUUAGAGAGGGCAUCAACAUCUUUUUGGCUGGUUUUGUUCCUACUGAAAAUUUGAGAUUUAGGGAUGAGUCCCUUACCUUCAAGGUUGCUGAGACUCCUCAGGAGAGUGCCGAGGAGAUUCGGACGUAUGCACGAUACAAAUACCCUCAAAUGACAAAGACGCAAGGUGGUUUUAAGCUGCAGGUCAAGGAAGGAGAGUUUACUGAUUCUCAAAUUAUUGUCAUGCUUGGAGAGAAUGGAACUGGCAAGACAACAUUCAUCCGAAUGCUGGCAGGUUUACUUAAACCAGAUGAUGUUGGCGAUAGCGAUGUGGAGGUUCCAGAGUUCAAUGUGUCUUACAAACCUCAAAAAAUCAGUCCUAAGUUUACAUCUACAGUACGACAUCUUUUGCACCAGAAGAUCAGAGACUCCUACAUGCACCCACAGUUCAACACGGAUGUGAUGAAGCCUUUACAGAUUGAAGCCCUGAUGGACCAGGAAGUUAUUCAUCUCUCGGGAGGAGAGCUUCAACGUGUGGCUCUGUGUCUCUGCCUUGGCAAGCCCGCAGACAUAUACCUGAUUGAUGAGCCGAGUGCAUAUCUCGAUUCAGAGCAGCGUAUUGUAGCAGCCAAAGUUAUUAAGAGAUUUAUUCUUCAUGCAAAGAAGACAUCGUUUGUGGUGGAGCAUGAUUUCAUAAUGGCGACGUACUUGGCUGACAGAGUAAUUGUGUACGAGGGACAACCGUCUAUUGACUGUAUAGCAAAUACCCCUCAGAGCUUGCUGACGGGAAUGAAUCUUUUCCUCUCGCACUUGGACAUCACUUUCCGGCGUGACCCAACCAACUACAGGCCCCGUAUCAACAAGCGUGAUUCGACGAAGGAUAGGGAACAAAAGAACGCAGGGUCUUACUACUACUUAGAUGACUGAGUGUCCGGCAUUGAGUUCGCUUGCUUACCUCAAAAUCUUGCAUGAGAGCACUAUACCAGAGAACCCGUAUAUUGUACCAUUGGUUUUCCCCCCUUAGUCAAGGUCGCUUCAAUGAGCCAUUGCUGGGAUACUCUUAGAGCACCCUCUAAUGUGACGCAAACGUGGAGUGUCCAUCCCUGAACUGACCUUGGGCGCAACUUAAUCUAUGUAGACUUUUCUUGAAAUUUUCCUCGAACUACUGUUCAGCACAAAGAGGUACAUCCUGGUUGAGAGUUUCGUUUUACAGCGUGGAGCAUAACCUGCACAAUGUGUGAGCUCUAGCCUUACGCUGUGUUCGACAACUGCGGAUUGCUGGCUUCUCAGAAGCACCAUCUUCAUGUUCUCGGCGGUUUGGACAUUUUAUUGGAAUUGCCGAGUGGAUAGCAGUUGUAGUUAGCAAAGAUAAUCAAAUAUUUGAUGUCCAGUGAUUUAUGGUUUGACCAACUAUGUUUAUGAUGGACGAAAUUGUACACCAGUCAUAGCAUCUGUAAUAAACUGUGAUCGUAUCCUGUCAAGCAAAUAGGCCUCUUUAAUGUAAAAAUAUUGAAUUUAUUGAAACGAA